AUGGAGAUUCAUAGUGAGGGUGGAGUCUAUUUACUGGGAAAAUAUGGACAGAAGAAAAUCAGAGAAAUCCAAGAACGAGAGGCAGCUGAAUACAUCGCCCAAGCACGAAGGCAGUAUCAUUUUGAAAGUAAUCAGAGGACAUGCAAUAUGACGGUGCUGUCAAUGCUUCCAACAUUGAGGGAUGCCUUAAUGCAUCAAUUAAAUUCUGAGAGUCUCACAUCUCUUCUUAAAAAUAGGCCAGCAAACAAAUUAGAAAUAUGGGAGGAUUUAAAGAUAAUAAGUUUCACAAGAAGCAUUGUAGCUGUAUAUAGCACCUGUAUGCUAGUAGUUCUUUUGCGAGUCCAGUUAAAUAUUAUUGGCGGUUACAUCUACCUAGAUAAUGCUGCACUCUGCAAAAAUGGCACAACACCACUAGCUCCCCCUGAAGUUCAGCAGCAAUAUUUAUCAAGUAUUCAGCACCUCUUAGGAGAUGGACUGACUGAGUUAAUAACUAUUGUCAAACAAGCUGUGCAUAAAGUUUUUGGAAGUAUUUCCCUUAAGCACACCUUAUCUCUUUUGGAGCUGGAACAGAAACUUAAAGAUAUCAGGAAAGUGGUGGAACAGAAAGAUUCAGAUCAUAUUGCAUCUUACUCUCCCUUAUGCCAUUAUCUGAUGCCAGAUGAAGAAAACCCCUUGGCUACCCAGGCCUGUGGACUCACAGAAAGAGACAUUGCUACAAUUAAAUUACUUAAUGAAACUAGAGAUAUGCUAGAAAGUCCAGACUUCAGCACAGUUUUGAGCACAUGUUUAAAUAGAGGAUUCAGUCAACUGCUGGACAAUAUGGCAGAGUUUUUUAGACCUACUGAACAGGACCUCUCGAAGAAUGGCUCUGUAAAUAGUCUUUCCAGUGUCAGUCUUCCUCUAGCCAAGAUAAUUCCAAUAAUAAAUGGACAAAUCCAUUCAGUAUGCAGUGAAACACCCAGCCACUUUGUUCAGGACCUGUUGAUGAUGGAACAAGUGAAAGAUUUUGCUGCUAAUGUUUAUGAAGCUUUUAGUACCCCUCAGCAACUAGAGAAAUGAACAGCACAUUUAUAGGAAUAGAUGGUGUAUUUAUAACAAACCCCUUGUGACUACUGAUGAGACUUGGGUUUAUUUUAUAACAGUGUAGGAGUGGUAGACGAGCAGAAAGAACAUUCUGAAAAAAGUGGGAGUGAGCCCAUAUUUGUUCUAAUAGAAUUCUGCUUCAAAAACCCAUUAAAAAUAUUAUUGUUGAAAGAAUUGUUGUAUGUAAAGACUUUUCUAUUAAAAAAGUGGUUAAACUCUUCUAUGAUUCAUUUAUUGCAUCUGAAAGGCAUCUGGUGGCAGUAUUACAAGUUACUAAC